AUGCGCCCAUGGACGGGGUCCUGGCGCUGGAUCAUGCUGGUGCUCCUGGCCUGGGGCACGCUGCUCUUCUACAUUGGGGGCCACCUGGUGCGGGACAGCGAGCACCCCGACCGCUCCAGCCGCGAGCUCUCCAAAAUCCUGGCCAAGCUGGAGCGGCUCAAGCAGCAGAACGAGGACCUCCGCAGGAUGGCCGAAUCCCUCAGGGUACCGGAAGGCCAGGGUCAGGAGGUGGGUCCGGUGGCCGAAGGGCGGAUCCACACCCUGGAGGAGCAGCUGAUCCAGGCCAAGGAGCAGAUCAACAACUUCCGGAGGCAGCCUGGGGAUGCAGGUCCCGGGAAGGACCACGAGGAGCUGCGAAGGAAGGUGGAGAACGGUGUGAAGGAGCUGUGGUACUUCGUGCGUUGCGAGGUGAAGAAGCUGAGCCACGUGGAGACCGGGGACCUGCAGCGGCACACCGAAACCCUCCUGGAGGACCUGGGUCACCAGCAGAGGUCCAUCAUGACGGACCUGUACUACCUCAGCCAGGCUGACGGCGCAGGCGACUGGAGGGAGAAAGAGGCCAAAGACCUGUCUGAGCUGGUGCAGAACCGCAUCACCUAUCUGCAGAACCCCAAGGACUGCAGCAAGGCGCAGAAGCUGGUGUGCAACAUCAACAAGGGCUGCGGGUACGGCUGCCAGCUGCACCACGUGGUGUACUGCUUCAUGAUCGCCUACGGCACGCAGCGCACCCUGAUCCUGGAGUCGCAGAACUGGCGCUACGCCACCGGCGGCUGGGAGACCGUGUUCCGGCCCGUCAGCGACACCUGCACCGACCGCUCCGGCACCUCCACGGGACACUGGUCGGGUGAGGCCAACGAUCGGAACGUCCAGGUGGUGGAGCUGCCCAUCGUGGACAGCCUGCACCCCAGGCCCCCUUACCUGCCCUUGGCCAUCCCCGAGGACCUGGCCGACCGCCUCCACCGUCUCCACGGCGACCCAUCCGUCUGGUGGGUCUCGCAGUUUGUCAAGUACCUGAUCCGACCCCAGGCCUGGCUGGAGAAGGAGAUCCAGGAGGCCACCACCAAACUGGGCUUCAAGCACCCCAUUAUUGGAGUGCACGUGCGGCGGACGGAUAAGGUGGGGACGGAGGCAGCGUUUCACCCCAUAGAGGAGUACAUGGUGCAUGUGGAGAAUCACUUCCAGCACCUGGCCCGCCGCAUGCAUGUGGACAAGAAGCGCGUCUACCUGGCCACCGAUGACCCGUCCCUGCUGCAGGAGGCCAAGUCCAAGUACCCGGACUACGAGUUCAUCAGCGAUAACUCCAUCUCGUGGUCGGCCGGACUGCACAACCGCUACACGGAGAACUCACUGAGGGGCGUGAUCCUCGACAUCCACUUCCUGUCGCAGACCAACUUCCUGGUCUGCACCUUCUCCUCACAGGUAUGCCGCGUGGCCUACGAGAUCAUGCAGACGCUGCACCCGGACGCCUCCUCCCACUUCUACUCCCUGGACGACAUCUACUACUUUGGCGGGCAGAACGCGCACAACCAGAUAGCCAUAUACCCGCACCAGCCGAGGAACAGCGAGGACAUCCCGCUGGAGCCUGGGGACGUCAUCGGGGUGGCCGGCAACCACUGGGACGGCUACUCCAAGGGCAUCAACCGCAAGCUGGGCCGGACGGGCCUGUACCCCUCCUACAAAGUGAAGGAAAAGAUUGAGACGGUGAAGUACCCCACGUACCCUGAGGCAGACAAGCUGCUGCACCUAUAGAGGCUCGGGUGUGGACAGGACGUGGCGCGCUUUUUUUGGGGGAAGG